AUGGGCAUAAAGGGAUUCGGAGUGCCUGAAAUGAAAAACAAGAUACGUGCGUUGAGGUCAACUCAGUCUCAAGAAAAAAAGAAAAUAAGGGAUUUGAUGAAGUCGGGAGCAGGAUCGGAAGAUAUUUAUAUUCCCAAUGCGCAUGCGUGCUGGACUGCUGGUGUGAACGCGUGUGCGCGUAAUGGCGGACGGCAGCAAAAAGUUGUUUGGCUUUCACAUCGAAGGAAAAUACGUCCAAAGAAAUUUUCCACUGAUGAUGAGCAGGAAGAAGUGCUGUCAUCAUCAGAAGAUGAUUUUCCAAAAAACAAGAAACCCCUACCUAGACCAAAACCAAUAAUACGGAAGUCUAUUACAAACAUAUUAUCUGAUUAUUCUGGCCCAAUUCAAACUUUUCCAUUAGCUUCAGCUGGACAAUCGCAAAGGUCGUUUGAGGAUAGUGAUUCUACAAAUCAACUUUAUUAUUUGCCACCUCAACAUUCAGCAAAAGAUACUCAAUUGACUAAAUCUUCAGGACAAAUUAUUAGAGGUUCUGCGUCAAAUCAGUCAUUUUGCCAGGCUGCUGUUUCGAACUCGUCACCAUAUAAUCCGUCAACUAGUAAAGCAACUGAUGUACAGAGCAACAUCAGAGCUGUAGUGGAAAGUAAUGGAGCAAACACUCAAGAUGAUGUAAUCACUUUAUUGAAGACCAUUAGAGAACAGAACAAUCAAAUUUUGCAGUGGAUCCGAAAACAAGAUCGCAGUGGCAAUCACGCCAGUAAUACAGAUUUACCAGAUGAUAUAGGCGUACAGUUUCCUUUGAAUUCUCAAGAGGAUAUUACCAAAUUGGAAACAUACCUGAGUGAAAAAAAUAAUUGCCUGGCUUUGGUGGGUGUUCUGUACCACUUAAUAUGUAUUUUACAAUUUAAAUUAUGUGAUUCCAGUCGGCAUAUCUAUCGACUUUUGGAGGGAGAGAUUUUACUGGACAUACAAACCGCAUUUUAAAUUUUUUGUUCACUUAUUCUCUUGCAACUAAUUGGAAUUUUUGUGGCAAACGAGGUGAGAAAAAGGCUUUUAAAAACUUAAACGUAAAGGAUGUGAUUAUUGGUAAGUGUUUUCACUUGUAGGUGCAUACUUAUUAUUAAUCUGAAACAACAUUUUUAGGUGCUGUAAGAAAAAGCUCCCCUCUAGUCAGUCAGAAAGAAAUAGAAGAUACCAUCAAGGUGUGGUUGAAACAUGCACCAGAGAAAUUGAAAAAGCAGCAGCAUGGCAACCCGUAAGAAAAAAAGUGUUGUUAGUCAAA